ACCGCGCACUUCCGGCGGUGCUCCCUGCUCUUUUCCGCCAAGGCCGCGGCCCUGGACUUCCGUCUCCGGCGUAGCCGACCACUUCCGGCGGUGCUCCGCGGCCACGAGCCGCGAUUGGGCGACCGUGGACUGGCCACUUCCGUUGUCCAGGUGCGGCUUCUUUGGCAGGAGGAGAUGCAGCCCAGCGCGGCGGCCCGUGCUCGGUCCCUCUUAUGGCUGCUGCCCGUGCUUGGCUCGGUCUGCGCCAGCGGACCCCGCACCUUAGUGCUGCUGGACAACCUCAACCUGCGGGAGACGCACUCUCUUUUCUUCCGGAGCCUGAAGGACCGGGGCUUUGAACUCACAUUCAAGACCGCUGAUGACCCCAGCCUGUCUCUCAUUAAGUACGGGGAGUUCCUCUAUGACAAUCUCAUCAUCUUCUCCCCCUCGGUAGAAGAUUUUGGAGGCAACAUCAACGUGGAGACCAUCAGUGCCUUUAUUGAUGGUGGAGGCAGUGUCCUGGUAGCCGCCAGCUCAGACAUUGGUGACCCUCUUCGAGAGCUGGGCAGUGAGUGCGGGAUCGAGUUUGACGAGGAGAAAACGGCUGUCAUUGACCAUCACAACUAUGACAUCUCAGACCUUGGCCAGCACACGCUCAUCGUGGCUGAUACCGAGAACCUGCUGAAGGCCCCGACCAUUGUUGGGAAGUCAUCUCUAAAUCCCAUCCUCUUCCGGGGUGUUGGGAUGGUGGCUGACCCUGACAAUCCUUUGGUUCUGGACAUCCUCACAGGCUCUUCUACCUCUUACUCCUUCUUCCCAGAUAAACCUAUCACCCAGUACCCCCAUGCAGUGGGGAAGAACACCCUGCUGAUUGCUGGGCUCCAGGCCAGGAACAACGCCCGGGUCAUCUUCAGCGGCUCCCUCGACUUCUUCAGCGAUGCCUUCUUCAACUCAGCAGUGCAGAAGGCCACGCCCGGCUCCCAGAGGUAUUCCCAGACAGGCAACUACGAGCUUGCUGUGGCCCUCUCCCGCUGGGUGUUCAAGGAGGAGGGUGUCCUCCGUGUGGGGCCUGUGUCCCAUCAUCGGGUGGGCGAGACAGCCCCACCCAAUGCCUACACUGUCACUGACUUAGUGGAGUACAGCAUCGUGAUUGAGCAGCUCUCAAAUGGCAGAUGGGUACCCUUUGAUGGUGAUGACAUUCAGCUGGAGUUUGUCCGCAUCGAUCCUUUUGUGAGGACCUUCUUGAAGAAGAAAGGUGGCAAAUACAGCGUCCAGUUCAAGUUGCCCGAUGUGUAUGGUGUAUUUCAGUUUAAAGUAGAUUACAACCGGCUGGGCUACACACACCUGUACUCUUCCACUCAGGUGUCAGUGAGGCCGCUUCAGCACACGCAGUACGAGCGCUUCAUCCCCUCGGCCUAUCCCUACUACGCCAGCGCCUUCUCCAUGAUGCUGGGGCUCUUCAUCUUCAGCAUUGUCUUCUUACACAUGAAGGAGAAGGAGAAGUCUGACUGAGGGGGCCAGAGCCCUGGACUCUAGCAGCAUGGAGAUGGGCUUUUUGUUAGGGUUCGUUUGUUUUUUUUUUUUCAGUCGUGGGAAAAUGGCACAGCCUUACCUCAGUGGAGAAGCAGCAUUGAGUACAAGGGGUGGGGUCAGGGAAUAAUUUUAAUGUAUGUUUUUCCACCUUGAAUUGCUAAGUGGUAUUUUUCAUAUCACUCUGAUUUCUAAAGUAAAGAGAGACGUUGCCCUCAAA